AUGCUAAGGUGUUUGUCAAAUUCUCUCCACAACGAAGCGUCUUUUAUUUUAUUAAAAUUUAAUAAUAAGUAUUACUACAAUUAAAAUGUCUUCUGAAAAAGAGAAGAAGCCCGUUGAGACCCAACAAGAAGAAUUGUCAGAAGAUGAUAAGCGCCUACAAGAAGAGCUUAACAUGUUAGUGGAGAAAAUCACCGGGCCGGAGCAGAACCUGUACAAACCUGCUUUGGAAAGCAUGCGAGAUGUCAUCAGAAGCUCGACAACAUCAAUGACAAGUGUACCAAUGCCUCUCAAGUUCCUACGUUCCCACUACGGAGCCCUAAAGGAAGCCUAUGAACGCAUGACUCAGAAGGAAGCCAAGGAGUUGUGUGCAAGCAUUGUAUCAGUGUUGGCCAUGAGUCAGGAUAUGCCUGGAGCUCGGGAGUGUCUCAAGUACUGCUUGUUGAGCUCUAAACAUGACGUAGGAGACUGGGGACAUGAAUAUGUCAGGCAACUGGAGGGAGAGAUUGCGGAGGAGUGUGGCCAAGCAGCUGAUGUGGAAGAGGCCAAGGCCAAACUGUUGCCUCUCAUUGAGAGCAUAGUUAAGUUUGACAUGAAACACAAUGCGGAGAUACAAGCUUGCGAUCUUCUGAUGGAAAUAGAUCGUCUGGACAUCAUCGAUAGACACAUGGACAAUUCUAACUAUCUACGAGUGUGUCUGUACAUUUCAAGUUCUGCUGGGUAUGUAGAAGACGUUGAGCGAGAGGGUAUUCUCCGGUCUGUUAUUGAACACUACCUUCGCUUCAAGGAAUAUCCUCGUGCCCUUUGUAUUGCAAUGGAGCUGAACGACACAGAAGCUAUGCAACGGAUCUUCAAAGAGUGUGCUGACCCGUCUGUGAGGAAGCAGCUGGCUUACAUGGUUGGACGUCAACAGUUGUGUUUGGAGCUGAGUGAUGACCUGGUAGACAAGAGUGACCUGACAACCAUCAUGUCCAACUCUCAUGUCAACGAUCACUUCCACGGACUGGCCAGAGAGUUGGAUAUCAUGGAGCCCAAGACACCAGAGGAGGUAUACAAGACCUGGCUGGAGGGGCUGGUGUUGAGGCCAACCUACAACCUGGACGUGCCUGUAGACUCUGCUCGCCACAACCUGGCGUCUACGUUUGUCAAUGCCUUUGUCAACGCAGGCUUCUCCCGGGACAAACUUGUAUCAGUAGAGGACGGCAACAAGUGGAUGUACAAGAACAAGCAACACGGUAUGCUGAGUGCCGCAGCUUCACUUGGAUUGAUCCACUUGUGGGAUGUGGAUGGAGGACUCACUCCCAUUGACAAAUACCUUUAUACAUCCGAGGAGAACAUUAAGGCAGGAGCUCUGCUGGCACUGGGGAUAGUCAACUGUGGUGUAAGGAACGAGUGUGAUCCUGCUUUGGCUCUACUCUCUGACUAUGUAUUGCAUGACAGUGUUACUCUGCGGACUGGAGCUGUGUUGGGUCUGGGUCUGGCGUACGCUGGUACUCGCCGCCAGGAUGUGGUGUCUCUCCUGCUGCCUGUGUUGUCAGACAAGAAGUCAUCACCCGAGGUAGUCGCGUUGGCAGCACUGAGCUGUGGCCUCAUUACUGUAGGAGCCGCAGAUCCUGAGGUGUUGUCAACAGUUCUACAGACUCUGCUGGACCUACCAGUGUCUGAGCUGCAGGAAGGCCAGUACUCCAGGUUCUUGCCUCUGGCUAUUGGUCUCUGCUACCUCGGCCAGAAGGAAGCCACAGAAGCGACCAAGGCUGCCUUAGAGGUGUUGCCGGAUCCGUUCCGUUCCAUGGCCCAGCAGAUGCUGAAGAUGUGUGCGUAUGCUGGCACUGGCAACGUGCUGAUCGUGCAGCAACAACUGCAGAUCUGCAGUGAACACUACACUCCAGUGAAAGAGGAUAGCAAGAAGGAUGACAAAGAUAAGAAGGAAGAUAAGAAAGACAAGGAAAAGGAGAAAGCGAAAGACUUGACAUCAAUGCAAGCAGUGGCGGCUUUGUCAGUGGCAGUCAUAGCAAUGGGCGAAGAGAUUGGUUCAGAAAUGUCCACUCGGAUAUUUGCACAACUGGGCAGAUAUGGUGAGCCAGCAGUUAGACGGGCAGUUCCUCUAGGUAUUGCUCUAACCUACAUCUCCAACCCUCAGCUUAGUAUCAUCGAUGUGCUCAACAAGUACUCUCAUGACGCUGACGAGGAAGUCGCUCACAAUGCCAUCUUCGCCAUGGGUCUUGUAGGCGCUGGCACUAACAACGCCAGGCUAGCAACAAUGCUGAGACAGUUGGCGCAGUACCAUGCUAAGAACACAGGCCACCUGUUCAUGGUGAGGAUCGCUCAGGGUCUGACUCAUCUGGGCAAGGGCACACUGUCCCUGUCACCGUUCCAUACUGACAGGCAGAUCAUGAACCCCGUGGCUGUUGCUGGCUUGCUUAUCACACUCACUGCGUUUUUGGACACCAAGAACAUUAUCCUGGGCAAGUCUCACUACCUUCUGUACACUCUGGCGACAGCCAUGUAUCCUCGGUGGCUGGUCACUCUGGACGAGGAGGGAGAACCUCUACCCGUACCUGUCAGAGUCGGACAGGCGGUGGAUGUGAUUGGCAAGGCAGGAACACCCAAGACCAUCGCAGGAGUUCACACCCACACCACCCCCGUGCUGCUGGCCGUGGGGGAGAGGGCGGAACUGGCGACAGACGACUUCACACCUCUCACCCCCGUCAUGGAGGGCUUUGUCAUACUCAGGAAGAAACCUGUCUCAACUUAAUUAUUUAUUUUGUUUUUGUAUUAAGUAAAGUUAAAUGUAAUAAAUUUAUAAUAUAAAUCAAAUUGCA